AUUAAAUCUUCAGAAAUCAAAAUUUCACAAGAGCAGCCAUUGAAGAGAACCAAAAUCUGUCUCCAAUCCAUCCGUAAACUGCAAAAUGCCUUCUUCUUCUUCUUCUUCUUCUUCUUCUACCGUUUUCAUUGCUGUUCAGUGCUGCCAGUGCUCCACUAUGCAGGUGAAGCAGCAGAAGAAGAGCAGCAACAAGUGGACUUGUGUCGUCUGCAACCAAAAGCAAUCUGUUCGGAAAGUUUUUGCUCAAGGCUUCAUGGCUAAGGACCUCCGCAAGUUCGUCCAAUCCUUUAACAUGUCGCGCAAGUUCACCGACGACUGCCAACAAUACGAAUCCCUAACUCCGGUAACUUCAAAUUGUGAUUCUGGCCUUUUAGAUGAUCACCGGAGGAAGAGACGCUCCGAUUGGAGUGAAUACCUUGAUCCCGAGGAGUAUGGAAGCAAGGAGAAUGUGAGACCAGAAGAUGAAGGAGGAGAGUUUAAGAAACCCAAAUUGAGGAACCAAGCUUCCGUGUCUGCUAAUGGAGAUGGUGAUGGGGACUUGUACAAACCGGUUUUCUCAAAGAGGAAAAUCAAUCAAGAAAUCGUUUCUCAAGGAAAAGAAGAAAAGACAUAUCAGCUUGAGCAAAGAACAGUUCAACCAACAAUGGCAACAAAGGCGUCCAAAUGGAAUGCUUACAUAAGCAAUGGUGACAAUAACGUGAAAGUGGGAAGUGGGAGAAAUUUUGCAGGUGAUAUGGGUCAAUGUAGCCAUGAUAUUUUGGAGACUAUUUUGGAUGAUCAGAAGGUUGAAGAUGAUAUCCACCCAGAUUUCAUGUAGAUCUCUCAUUAACUGUUAUUUUUCCAUAUUGAUCGUGAGCCAAAAAUUACUAAACUUUAGACAUCUGACCUGCUUUCAAUCAGUAUGAGUAGUAGUUGAUCACCUUCA